AUGUCAAUAGGUUUUGGUGUCUGGCUAGCCAUCGCUACAUCCUUUGUCGUCUUGGUAGAAGCCGUCGUCUUCUUAACAUGGCUCUGGUUCGAGGACAGGAAAUCAGAGACUUGGCGAGGGCUCAUGCUCAGUGGACGAGCAACCCAGUCAAUCACGCUGAUGAGCGUUCUUAUAAGAUGGGCCAUCGGUACUCUCGCUGCUAUCACGACAUCUAUGGCUGCAUCAAUUGCACUAGAACUUCAUGGCGUACCGAUGUCAGCUAUCGCAGAAGUAUCCAUUGCCCGCUUCACAAACAGCGGACCGCAAUCGUUGAAGAAAAUGCUUCCUGGGACAACAUUCAGACCCUGGCUUCGCAUCCUCAUGAUCUGUCUUUUUGCGCUCGUUGGGGCUUCGCAGUUCGCUUCUACCUUGCUAGUUUCCGAUCUCCAAGAACUCUCCAUUCUAUCGUUAAAGAAGAACAUGACUUAUGGAUUCAACUUUGGAGUGGUAAAUGACUCUACAGCCCCGGAUUUGAGACCUCUACCUAUAAGAAGAGACGAUUUACAGUACUGGAAUAGAGCCCCGUAUCAAUCUGAGACAUUCGCAGAGUAUUCUGAACCUGGAGAGUCGUCUGAGGAGUUGGACGAUACUGGAACAGUCUUGAGAGCGUUUCUUCCCAUUUCAACCAAGGCUCAGAGGGAGUCUAUCCAGUCCUUCAACGGCAUUGCUCGAGUUAUCGACACUCGUGUGAUAUGCGUACGGCCCAGGUUUACUGCUAAGUACUGUCGCUCUCGGGGUCUACAAGGCGAUUGGUCCUUAUGUCUGAAUGCGACAGUAGACUUAUCAAACUUUCCACCAUAUCAAAUAUACAACAAUACUAGGUUGACAAUAGUACCCGGAGGCCAUGGCAACCAGAUUUCAAGCUAUUUCAUCUGUCGAAUCCCGAGACAACGGCCGUUCAAUAACAUAUCCACGAGGUGGUUACUCUGCAAGUGCGAGGACAGUUUUGAAAAGCGUAGGAUGGUCGCUCUUCAUUCACCUUUAACAAAAUUUACAGAACGCUGGGCAUUAACCCAUGCGAAAGGAUAUCACUUUAAACUGUUGGCCGAUCUAUCAUUCAUAGAAGAUAGGGAGCUAUCUUUUGAGUCAGAGACAAUAAAUACUACCUGGACUCUUCUGAACUCGAGCAAUUCUGGCCCCUGGGCUCAGCAGUGGAACCGAGUGAAGCUCAGAGACGGAGUCAAGACAAGAGAUGAAUACAUACAGAUCACAUUGUGCUUAGGGCCUGAGCUUGCCUCGGAGGUCGAGCACCUUAAAAUAACAGCAAACACGAGUUCAAGCCUGACUGAGCCCGAUUAUCAUUUCAACAUAAGUAGUAAUGAGUACGAUACUUCUGAUAUCCUGAGACAGCUCGGCGCUGCCGGUACUCAAGACGGAGUGGAAGCAUCCAGGCGACAGAUACUAAAUAUAUCUCCGAGCAUGCUGAAUCAGAGUCUUCAUAAGAGACUCCGGAGAACGACAACUGAAAGAACGGCUGAAGAUGAGAGAGGAAGUUGGCUAUCAACCUUGGAGUUUCCAAACCUGGCCAUUUGUUCUUCAUGUGACUCCGCUGGUUCAGAAAAUUCUGAAAUGGUCACCGUCAGUCCUCUAACUUGGCAGAUCUUCAGCGACAUUAUAAGUACAACAAACUCACCUGCCCUGGCAAUACAAGCUUUGACUACACUCGUUUGGCGAAUGGCAUACUAUGACCAUAUAACAUCUUAUUCUGAGGCAGGACAGCCAGCGAAGGUCACAACGUUCGAUCUCGUCCAGGCGCCAGGUCCAAAAUGGGGAUUUGUCGCGUUGAUGGCCAUCGUAGCCGGGAACAUCAUGAUAUUCCUGGUCAUGGCCUUCAUCUUCCUGUCUCAUACAGAGUCAAGCUUUCUAGAGAAUGCCUGGCACACUGUGGCCCAGAUAUCUCAGAGCGACAAUGUUAGACCAGUCUUGGAGAGCGCUACUCUUGCAUCAGACCAAGAUGUUGGACGGAUGAUCCGGGUUGAGGAGCCACCAAAGGACUCUAUGGGUAAUGUGAAAGACUUCUUUUGUGGUAUAGGGCGAAUGUUCACUCAGAGGGGAACCAAAGAAGAGAGAUUGGUUGUGAGAGAUGGACUGCUUAUCGGAAUGCGUUCAGAAUAA